AUGGCCAUCGAUGCCGUGCGCGCUGUCGCAGAUGAAGGAAAAUGUUGUAUUCUUGACAUAGAAUUGCAGGUCCUCGAAGAACGUUUACGUAAUCGUGGUACUGAGUCUGAAGACGCGAUACAAGCACGUCUUAAAGCUGCAAAAGAAGAAUUGGCUUACGCUGCAGAAGAGGGUUCUCACGAUAAAGUUAUUGUAAAUGAUGAUUUAGACACAGCAUAUGAACAGUUUCGAAAAUUCAUUGUUGAUUGCAAUUGA